AUGCCUCACUCUUUCUACAAGCUCAUCAUAGACGGUGCGUUCAAAGAGAAAGAGAAGUUGGAGGGAUUAGGAGGUGUAUUCAGGAACCAUAAUGGUCACUGGAUAGCGGGCUUCCAACACCACUGCUCAGCUAUUUCACCACUUCAAGCAAAACUAGAAGCACUCAAGGAAGACCUCAUUGUAGCACUGACAAAGGGAUUCACUCCACUGAUUAUUGAAACUGACGCAACAGAGUGGAUAAUGCUCCAGCUGAAGCAGCCGUCUAUCCAACAUAAUUUCAGGGAAGCAAAUAAGGUAACACAUAAACAGGCUAAGGAAGCUCUCAAUCUUCCAAAGUACUGA